GUCACUCUGAACCUAAACCUCGUGGAUCACACAUGUUAAAAUAUUAUGGACAGGUGACCGGCUCAUGUAAUGGGUUAUAUAACUUAGGAUGCUAGACACUUUGGUUAUAUAACCUAUAACACUAAGGGAUUUGCUAGGAUCUCAAGUCGUUUGAGGUUAUUUACAUUACGGAGUCGAUGUGUUGACUACUGGAAAGGGCUUUACAUUACAACUUUACAGUAGUAUCUCGAUAUCGGCAUAUCACUACACUAAGUGUAAAACAAUGGAACGUGAAGCUAGGUACCAGGAAACUAAUAUCGGAAUCUCUAAGGAAAAUGGCGAUCAGAAUCUCAACCAGGACAGCGCUCAACCAGCGAGAGGGAGGAUUACUGGGCGUCUCGUACUGUCGGUGUUUGCAGCGGUGAUGGGAUCGCUUCAGUUUGGUUACAAUACCGGCGUCAUCAACGCACCAGAGGGUAGAAUUAAGGAGUUUAUGAACCAGACCAACAUCCGACGGACGGGCGAGUCCCUCACAUCAGGGUCCAUACUAAAUACAUACGCCCUCCUGGUGGCUAUAUUUGCUGUAGGCGGUAUGGUUGGCGGCUUGCUUGCCGGAUGGUGGGCAGACUACUUCGGCAGGAAGCACGGAAUGCUGAUCAACAACGCGUUUGGAAUAGGAGCGGCCGCCCUGAUGUUUUUCAGUCGGAUGGCCUGGUCCUACGAGAUGGUGAUUGUAGGAAGGUUCCUUGUGGGAUUCAACUGUGGGCUUUAUACCGGGUUAACUCCCUUAUAUCUAUCGGAGAUUUCCACCGCCAACAUCCGGGGAGCGCUAGGUGUCCUCCAUCAACUCGGCGUCACGAUCGGGAUCCUCCUCUCACAGAUCCUGGGAUUUCCCGAGCUUCUUGGAAACGACCCCAACUGGCAUAUACUUCUGGGUCUGUGUGCGGUUCCGUGUGCCUUACAAUUACUGACGAUGCCAUUCUGUCCCGAGAGUCCUCGCUACCUCCUCAUCUCUAAGGAGCAGGAAGAACACGCUCUCAAAGCUCUGGUAAAGUUACGAGGAACAUCAGCGGUACAAGGCGAUAUAGAGGAGAUGAAAAAGGAAUUUCUUAUGCAACAGUCCGAGGCCAAAAUCUCGUUAAUACACUUCUUAAAGAAAAGAUCACUGUGGGCUCCACUUCUCAUCAGUUUUAUCAUGCACCUCUCACAGCAGUUAUCUGGCAUCAACGCGGUAUUCUAUUAUUCGUCCAGUUUAUUCAAAAAUGUUGGACUAUCUGAUGAAACAGCUGCCCACGCAACAAGUGGUAUUGGCGGCAUUAUGGUUAUCAUGACAAUGGUGACGAUACCAUUAAUGGACCGGGUAGGGCGACGCACGCUCCACCUACUGGGAUUAGGUGGAAUGUUCGUGUUCAGUAUUCUGAUCACAGUGUCGCUUGCACUCACCCAUCUGGCAGAGUGGAUCAGGCUAGCCAAUGUAGUGGUCUCCCUUUUAUACGUCGUCUUCUUCGCCAUAGGGCCAGGCUCAAUACCAUGGCUGAUCGUGGCGGAGCUGUUUUCUCAGGGUCCUCGACCGGCUGCUAUGAGUCUGUCAGUCCUCGUCAACUGGGUCGCUAACUUCGGUGUGGGGUACGCCUUCCCCAGCAUGCAGGAAGGACUUGGGAAUUACUCAUUCUUACCUUUUACGGUAUGCAUAGCAUUGUGCGGAAUAGUGUUGUUCAUAUAUUUACCGGAAACUAAAAAUAGAACAUUUGAAGACAUUACGUCAGCAUGGAGGAAGCGACCAGACUCGGAAUUAUCGCUCUCUUCGGCUGGAAGUAACGAAGUAGCAAAAGAGGACUCGAACCUUGUGAACUUUUCGGGUGUGAAGAGUCACAUUUAAGGGAGAUCACUCUUGUUUUUAUCAGCAUUCUGAAGCAGCAGACUUUGUUAAACUAUACACUUUUUAUUGCUUCAUUAGUUAUCAUCGACCUUCAUUUUUAUAAGAAAGUAUAUUUCGUAGUGAUUGGUAUUGCAAACUAGAACUAGCAUCCAAAUGCGAACAAAUUUCCGCGCUAUUUGACCUAUAUGUUGACGCAGGUUCAUGGAUACCAACAGUGCAUAUAAAAUAUAUGAAGAUAUAUUAGCAGGGACAUUUCUUAGAAUUGUAACUGAUAGUUCAGACCUGCUUGUACGAAGUUUCCAUAAAUAUAGUCCCAAAACUCCAGUGGAAGCUGUCCGUUCAUGUGAAAAGGGACAUAACCCUGUCAUGAUAUUGGGACAACAGAAGACAUCCCCAGGAUUUAUUUUUCUUUAACUGAUCUGCUCUGUGGUGUGUCACAGUAAUGAAACUAUACGGGAUAUAUUUUUGUGGUGAGAUUUCGUUAUUUUAUCGAACUAAUAUAAUAAUAAAAUUGACAUAAUAAAAGUCAACGACUUUUGAUACAGAAAUACCAUUAAAUCAAUAUGACAUUCUAUACAAAGUUCAGGUAGAAACAUGGUAGAAUCACAUUGGACCAUAUAACAAGUAGGUUCAUGUUAAGCAAACUUUAGCAGAUGGGACAGAUAAGAGAUGAAGCUUAUGUAAUCUAUAAAAAUAGAGCUGAAUGUUUCCACAUCGACACGACAACAUCUAUAUUGCUUCCGUGACUGUGUAGAGUUCAAACUAAUAUUGAUGAUUUUAGUAACUUGCAACAGAGAGUACUUACUUUGUUUGUGUUACCUCUGGUCUGGUUUGUUUUGGUUUGGUUUAUUUGUGUUUUACGUUUUAUGGACAACUAUGGUCAUUUAAGAACGUCCCAACGUUUGUUGGUGGUGGAAACCCGGAGCGCCCGGAGACAAACCCCUGAUCUACGCCAUUUGUCCCUGUGUGGCUUCCUCAGAUAUAAAAUGUACUAUGGUGGUUAUGAUUUAUUCAAAGCACUGAUUUUCGAAGCGAGGAGAUAUGUUGCCUGUACGUUGAACACCUAUUUUGGUCACCGAACAGUAACGGACACAGAUAAAUGCAUAAAAAUAUGUUAGGUAUGUUCAUUUAUUACAUUUUUGCCAGUGAAAUAUCGGAUUAUAUCAACUUGAUAAAACUGAUAUCUUUCACAC